AAAAAGGAAGCGAUAAAUAUCAGAAGCGUGUGUUUUUGAAGAAUUCGAUAACACAGGGAAGGUGAAGAAGAGGAUCCACAAUUUGACAAAGGUCGUGUACCGUAGCGCACCUAGAUUUACAUCUUCUACAACUACGCCUAUCCCUUCCUUUUCUCUCUCUUCUCCAAACUUCCUAUUAUUAUUAUUAUUCUUCCCACCAUUUUCAGCCCUUUUCCCAAUCUUCAAUUCAAUUUCAACCACCAUGCCUCCUCUUCAUACCCACCCCACCGAUGCCCAACCUAAACCAAACCCUAAUCUCCUUUCCAUCUUCCUCAAACCAAUCAUCAUGCUCCUUCUCACCUCCCUCUUCUUCCUCUUCAUUGGCUUCGCUGCUUUUCUCCUCCUCAACCUCUUCCUCCUCGCCGGUGCCCUUCACCGCCUCCGUUUCCGUCCCACCCCCACCCUCCCUCUCCCAUCUCCCUCCGACGCUUUCCUCCCUCGUGAAAUCAACAAACUCCCUAACUUUCGGGUCACUAAAGGAUCCGGACCCGGACCCGAUUCACGUUGCCCCGUUUGUUUGGACGGUUUUCGUAACGGACAGUGGUGUAGAAAUCUCGCUAAUUGCGGUCAUGUUUUUCACCGUAGAUGUGUUGACACGUGGCUUCUCAAAGUUGGCACGUGUCCUACUUGCCGUACACCCGUUCGAUCAAACCCUAGACCUCAAGAUUGUAUUGUAGAUGCACGGAGAGAAGAAGGUUCUUCACAAUUUUGGAAUUGCUCUGUUAAUACUAAUGCUUUGACCAUUUUAUAGCUUUAAAUUUUAGAUCCUUUACUACAGUGUUCGUGCAAUGGCCUCUACAAUUCUCAGAUUUAAAGAGAUACACCAUGCAGUAGCCGCUACAAUGUUAAUAAUGAGACAAUCCAGGGUUGACCAACCACUAGCAAAAGAUAACGUGUGAUGUUUUGGACAUGCUUACAACAUUUUAAGUUAAAAAUGGAUCUGGAUUAGCGCAAGUGAUUGGGUCAUGAUUAUGACAUCCGUAUCUGAAUGGGGAGACCAUCACGAUAGAUAAUGUAGUUAUUUCCUAUUGAUAUUUAUCAUCAUUGUGGCGACUAUGAAAGACAAGACAAAUUGGUAGUGCUUAUCUAAUUUUAGGAGAAUUUUAUGAAAUGUUUAAAAAUUAACAUGUUUUAGUAUUAUUUAAUAAAAUUACCAAUAAUUAAAUGAUGUCA